UCGUCUCAUUACAUAUUUAAGGAGUCCUAAAUCAGAGUUCUUCGGCUCCUGUUUUAAACCCAACAAGCUAAGCACUGUAAUUAUAUUCAGUGUUCUACACUUUUUGACUUCAAGAUUUACUGCCGAAACUGGCAAAGUAUGAUAUGAGGUGCUGUCUCCCUGCUUGGUGGAUCUUUAUUCUUUUGGUUGUCUGCAUUACGACUGAAGCUUCGCACUUCAGACACGGCAGUAUAAUGUGGGCUCCAGAUGAUUAUAACAGCAGUAAGGUACACUUCGCAUUUCGUAUUGGGUGGAGACGAUCGUCCAGCUCUAAUCUUAAGUGUGACCAGAGCAUGAUAAACAGCAAUCAACUUAUUUCUUACGGAGGCUCGUGGCAAGCAGCAUGUAGCAAUCCACAUUGUGGGUCUUCGAUCAACGUUGGCAAAACUUAUUUCUUCUGUACUGACUAUAGCAUUUCUGAAGAUUGGACUGUUGGAGAAAAUAAUUUUACUUACACUUUUAAUAACAACGGGAAAGAAUGGCUCGUGAGUUAUUCAGGUUGCUGUUGGAUUUCUCUGAGUCAUUACGCUGGUUCCUCAAGUUGGAAAGUACAAACCACCAUAAGUUUCUCCCCACGAUCAGAGAACGGAAAAAUUAACUCGUCUCCUGUAACAAGAAGCCCACCCAUUGUUCAAUUUCCGGGAGGUUGUCGUCAGUCAUUUAGGAUCCCAGUUGAAGACCCGGAUGGAGAUACAGUGAAAUGUCGCUUUGCGACUUAUUCCGAAUCCCUCAAAUUAAACACAAGUUUUCCUUACGGCGUUCUAAAUGAGACAUCGUGUGUUCUUACAUACAAUGGAUCGAAAGCAGCACUUGGCGGAAUCUAUGCAAUAGCAUUAACUUUAGAAGACUACCCAGUGGGUACAAAAAACUUCGGGAGUGUCACACCAUUCAGCAGUAUUCCAUUACAGUUUCUUGUUAUGGUGAUUGGUAAUCAUACUGGUCACUGUGCUGAAAAGCCUGUCUUUACUGCAUCUACCCCUAAAGAUGGUGGGUGUUUUGAUGUCCCGAUUGGUUCUGCAUAUAAAGCAGUGAUUGAAGUACAGGUUGCAGACUUCUCCAAAUCAAUUGUGGAAAUAACUACUGCUUCUCCAUCUGGAAUGCAGCUUACCUCUUUACGCAAUCAGGGAAAAAUCUACUACAGAAAUGUCACCUGGUACCCAAGUCAGUAUCAAAUUGGACAACAGUUGUUCUGCUUUAAAGCAGUGGACUCCGCAGGUCUGGAAAGUGCUUGGCGAUGUGUGACAAUCCUUGUUGGCAUUAGCAGUACUCCCCGAGUCAUUUUAUCAAGCCGCACACCAAAAACACUUGUCAGCAGAUACGGACCAGGUCAUGUCGACUGCGAUGUCCAGUUUGACCGAUCGAUCAAGAAAGCUCAAACAUCGUCCUACAUAAGACUCGUCUUGCUGCCCAGUGGACAAACAGUUUACAAAGUGGACGCACGCUCUCGAAAUGUCACGGUUGGUAGUAAUUCAACUACACUGCAUUUUGCCAUACCUUAUCCUGUGUUGAGCAUGAAAGGGUCAUACGCAAUCUUAAUGGACAAGGGAGCAGUGGCUGGACAGGGCUGUUCUUCUGGCGGUACUCCUACACCCGGAAUAUCAUCCUUGAGUGCCUGGACAUUCAAUGUAAAUGGUGUAUGUCCCCUUGGAUAUUCUCUUAGUUUGCCAAACUUUCGUGGCUGUGUAGAUAUAAAUGAAUGCGCCUACACAAGUUCCGACGUGCAUUCGAAAGCCUCCGCCCAGUCAAAAAUAUUUCCAGAAUUCAUGUUACCAGCAGGUUGUGAUCAGAUCUGUCGCAACACUCCGGGAAAUUACAGCUGUUCUUGUGCAAGUGGAUAUCAACUGCAGUCGGAAGGAAAAUCUUGCAAAGAUAUCAACGAAUGCUCCAGCAAUAAUGGUGGUUGCAGUCAUAAUUGCUUCAACAUCCCUGGAACAUUUUACUGCGGAUGUCCUAAAGGAUUAACUAUGGGGACAAACAAUUUGACUUGUGUUGACCAAACUGCAAGUGUUUCGUGCGGGGAUAACAAAAUGACGGUGUAUUUGGAAAAGCGCAGAUUCCACUACUUUCAAGCCAAUCAACUACGCUUGCGUUAUGCUUCAUGCAAAGGCACCGAGAAUUCCACCCACUUCUUGAUCAGCACCACUUUAGAUAGUUGCGGAACGCUGCAGAACGAAACCAGAGAUUUUCUGAUCUUUUCCAAUGAGGUCCAUGCAGACGCUUUGAUCAUCGACAACGUGGUUACCCGUUCACAUGAUAUAAAACUGCCAUUUUACUGCCGAUACUCCAGAAAGAAGCUUCUAAGCCUGUCCUUCACACCAAAGAGGAUUUACGUCGGGAAUGAAACGGGAUAUGGUACGUUUACUUUCAAGAUGGACUUUUAUAAGAACUCGUCUUUUGCCACGCACUUCACGAAGCAGGACUACCCUCUAUCAGUGGCUCUGAAUGAGUAUGUGUAUUUACAGUACAGUGUGGUGUCCACUGCUGACCUGGUCAUCAUGGCUGAGAACUGUAAGGCGACUAAGGACGCAAGUUUUUAUUCUUGGCCUCAAUACACCUUCUUACGAAACGGAUGCCCCAAAGAUUCAACGCUUGACUACAGUUAUGAUCCAACACGACAGUACCAACAAUUUAAAAUAAAAACGCUUAGAUUUUGGAACGACUACGCCACUGUGUUCUUCCAUUGUGAGCUGCUGGCCUGUCACCGUAAUUCUCCUAAUUCUAGAUGUAGCAAGGGCUGUGUGAGGAACAAGAGAAAGAGGAGAGAGCAAGAAGAAAGUACGAACAAAGUCAUCCUUACAGAUGGACCCGUAGUGUUCGAGGAGGCAAAAGAAAAAGAAGAAUCCAAAGAGCCCAAGCAGGGCAUACAUACAGUUUUGAUCGGUGGUGUGGCAGGAGCUGGAGGAUUUGGACUGGUCGCACUUCUGGCUCUGGCUGUUUUGUUGGUCAAGUAUCGCAGAACGCAACGGUUUCCGAACAGCAACAAAGCUGAUGAGCCGGCAGCACAAAACAAUGCUGCUUACAUGCCGGAGGAUGACGUGAUCGCAAAGGAAGGCACUAAUUAAAUCGUUUUGAAAGACUGCCGUUGUUACAUUCCUUUUAAAGUUUUUGGUGUUAACAUUUAUUGCUUGUUUGUUUCUUUUACGGAGGGUUACUAUCUUUAUUUAAAUGUUUUUAUAUAAUGGAGUACCAGACCAUUAGCAUCGGCUUCGCAGAGUGUUUUUUUUUUUUUUUUCGGAAGUUAUCUUAAGAAGUCUUAGCCAGAUUUUUAGUACAUAAUGUCCAGAAACUUGUUUGCAUAUGUUAAGCCCGUAUAUUUUCACCUAUCGAUACUUUCAAACAUAACUUUUAACGAUUUUGAUUAUAGCGUGUGUUGCGUGUUUACCUGGAGAAUUAAUAAAAUGCCUUAACGGUAUUGUGUAGAAUCUUCAUCACUGAAACAAGCACGCUCCAGAUACCAUCUGUUUUUCC